CAGCAUCCCACAGGGCCAGACCAGGCUGAUGGCUGAGGCUCCGAGUGACCCUGGCUCUGAGGAGCAGGAAGAGCUGCUCGGGCUUACCACCCAGUGGAGUGUGGAGGACGUGGAGGACGCCACACAUGAGCAGUGUCGGCAUGAACAUGAUAGGCAGCUACAAGCCCAGGACGAAGAUGGAAGUGGCCAGUCCCUGGAGCAGACAGAGCAGGAGACACUCCUUAGCCUGGAGCCCUCAGAGGCCCGUGAACUUGAGGAGGAUGAAGGAUUUGGGGACUGGUCCCAGAAGUCAGAGCAGCGGCUGCACUGGGGGACGGAGGGGAUCCUGAGCAAUGGAGAGCCCCCUCGCUGUGCGAUUCCUGAGAGCAAGCCGGAGGGGCACAGGCCCUGCCAGAAUGCCUAUGGGGAUGAGGAAGGUAAUGGACCAUCCCUGGACGAAGCUCCCCUGGAGGAGGCAUGUCUGAGCCAGGAGGGGACUGGCCCACGAGAGACCUGCCAGGAUACACCGGGGAUGCACCAGAAAUAUCAGCAGCCCAGGACACCCAGCCCCUUGAGCAUGGAGGAGACCCACGAACAGGGCUCACCUCCCCUGAGCCCUACCACCAAGCUCAUCGACAGGACCGAGUCCUUGAGCCGCUCCAUAGAGAAGAGCAACAGUGUGAAGAAGUCCCAGCCUGCCCUGCCCAUUGCCAAGAUUGAUGAGCGGCUGGAGCAGUACACACAGGCUGUGGAGACUGCUGGCCGGACCCCCAAGCUAGUCCGCCAGACCUCCAUAGAGCUUCCUAGCAUGGCAGUGGCCAGUACCAAGAAUCGGUGGGAGACAGGAGAGGUGCAGGCUCAGUCUGUGGCCAAGACCCCUUUCUGCAAGGAUAUUGUAGCUGGAGACAUGAGCAAGAAAAGCCUCUGGGAGCAAAAAGGAGGCUCCAAAACCUCGUCAACGGUUAAGCAGAGCACCCCGUCUGGGAAGAGGUACAAGUUUGUGGCCACUGGACAUGGGAAGUAUGAGAAGGUGCUAGUGGAUGGGGGCUCAGUGCCCUAAGUCCCCCAUCUUGGCUCCCCAUCAAUAUUCCCAGGGGAGAUUCCAGCCAGACACCCACCCCCAGCCCUGGCCAAGAAGUUGCUUCCUGUCACCAUCCUGGCCCACCCUCACAGCUUUGACACCCCCACCACAGCUCCUGCUUCUGGACCCUCCAGCCUCUCUGCCCUCCCACUCUUUGACCCCAGCUCUGCCUCUGACUUCUUGGGGGAGGAAAGAGACUCCUGAUCAUUAGCCAAAGUGACUGUCUCCUAGAGAGGCCAAGAACUCUCAGGGAAGGCAGGAGAGCAAGGUGCCACCUGAACUGUGCAGAGGGGGCUGGUCACUCAGCCAGAUCCAAGAAGUACCUGCAGGGUGACCUCCAGGCCAAAAGCCAAGACACCUGUGCUGGAUGCUCAGGACUCUGUGCCCCUCCUGCCCCUGCUUGCGCCACUGCCCUCCCCAUGUCGUGCAAUAAAGCUCCUCAUGUCCCCA